CCUGGAUCCACCCACCACCCUCACUUCUCACUCCACCGCCACCUCUCUCUUUUAAACCACCCCCACCUCUCCACUUAGUACCUAUCAAUCACUAACUCUCUGUUCUCAUUCCUGGGUUUGGCUUUCUGUCAUGGCGUUUGGUUGCUUAGGGCUAAAGUCUUGGAAGAGGAAACCAGUUAAGAACACGAAAGAAUCAGCAGGGCCGAGGAGGCUAACGAGGAAAGAAAUCCAAAAACUCACAAUGGAUUUCUCCCGGUCCCGAGUAAUGGCGUUUGGAGGGUUCAGCACAGUGUAUCUGGGCAAAUUCCCAGAUUCUAGCCUGGGAGCGAUCAAAAUCAUUGACACAAGCACCAAGCGGCUACACAAUAUGUAUAAACAAGAACUCGAAAUCCUGCAGAGGAUCCGACACGACAACAUAGUGAAAAUACUAGGUUACUCCGAUGAGGGAUAUGAAAGUGUAGAAGAAGGUGUUCUCGUUUUCGAGUAUGUCCCGAAUGGAACGCUUCAGGAGAAGCUUCACGGGAAAGGCUCUGUUUUGCCAUGGAAAAACAGGAUGGGAAUAGCGUUCCAGCUAGCCCAAGCCCUGGAAUAUCUCCACGAGAAAUGCGAUCCCCAAAUAGUCCAUGGCGACCUUAAAGGCUCGAAUAUUUUGUUGGAUUCGGAGCUGAACUGUAAGCUCUGCGAUUACGGGUCGGCCAAGGUGGGAUUCUCGUCCACGGUUCAGCCGCCGAACCGGACGAGGAUGACGAUGUUUGGUUCUCCGGGCUACACCGACCCGCACUACUUGAGGACCGGAAUUGCAACUAAAAAGAGCGAUGUUUAUAGCUUCGGAGUCAUUCUUCUCGAGCUAAUUACGGGUUUGGAAGCCGUUUCUUCGGACGGUAACGUGAGACUGAUAUCCAAAGUUGGUCCGAUGUUGAAGGAUGAAUCUAAGGUUGCCGAAAUGGUGGACCGGCGCCUAGCCGGGGAGUACGAGGUGGAUGAAGCUAAGGCUGUGGCUUCCAUUGCGGCUCUUUGCCUUGGGGAUUCUCCAAGCUUAAGGCCAACUGCAUCGGAUAUCUUGGGAAUUAUGAGAAGCAGAGUUCCCUCAAUUAGCUUUCUAUUCUCAAACGAGAAGUGUUAAGAUCAAGCGCUUACAAUUAUCCAAAAAGUUAGUGUUUAUUUAAAAAGUUAUAGCUUACCCCUAAGAUAGAUAAAUCUCUCUGAUAAGGCGAACCAGAUUAGUGAAAAUAUGAGUGUAGCUAGGAGGUGCAUAAAGCGAUUGUGAUUAGUUGUAUAGGGGCUUGAGCAUUGUAUACAAUUUCUCAAAAUGAAUAUUUGAUUGAUUCUUCUGGACAA